AGAGAUCUGCAGCAUUUGGCCCGUCGUGAAGUCUCGUAGCUUACAGUGCAACGGUUAUAUUUUACCCUAUUCUGAGUUGUUGCCGUCUUGAAGCCGAUAGCCAUGGCUCUGUGCGGGGGUGUCGGAGCCUUGGCUUUACCCAGUGAGCUUAUUGUUCACAUAUUUUCCUUUUUGUCAGAUCGAGACAAGCUUCGGGCCUCGGCCGUAUGUUCUCGCUGGAGGGAGUGUCUGUUUUACCCAGCGUUGUGGACAGAGCUGAAGUUGCGUGUCGGUGGAGGAACGAAUGGAGGUGGCUCUGGAUCUGAGGAGACCCCAAGAUUAGAAUUCCUCAUGCGCAAGUUUGGUUCCUUUGUGCGUGAGCUGCAGCUGGAGUUCGCACCAGUGGAUGGGUACCUAAGCCCAUUGCAAGCAAUGGAGGGCAGAAUGGAACCUGUGGAGAGUGACCCACAGUUUUCUGACCGCUGGAAAGAUGCUAUGAUCACCUAUUUGGACCAGGUGCUAUGUGUACUUCGCAGUCUUCGAAACAACAGAUAUCUCCAAAGGUUGAGUCUCUAUGGUGAUACCUGCAUUCUUCAGGAUGAGGGUUUAUUUGACAGCGCCUAUCUCCAACAAGUUGACCAGGGAAGCAAAAAAAUCAAAGAGAUCCAGAUGCUAUUUGAAGAGAUCCUGUCCAACAGUAGGCAAUUAAAGUGGCUCUCCUCCGCCUUCAUGCUGGGCGUGGUGACUCCAUGCUCCUUGGCCUCACUCUCCAACCCCAGUGCCACAUCCCUGGGGCACCUCAGCCUGCUGGAUAACCAGCUGCCCAGCCUCCUGGUACCCGUGGAGCUGGAGCGCCUUGUCCACCUGCGCUCGCUGGCGCUCGACUUCUGCGACUUCUCCUCCACCAUGUGCUGCCUGCUGGCAGGCCAGGAUCACCCACUGCACCGCCUCUCGCUCCUGCUCAACGGCGCCGCCCUGGAGGCCAAGCCGCUGAACGGCACGGCCGGCGAGGACGACUGGAAGGCGCUGGUGCGGCGCAGCAGCAACCUGCGCGUCUACCUGAUGGCUCUGGACGUGUGCAGCCAGGACCUGCUGCGCGUGCUCAAGCCCAGCAUGCCCCUGGAGCGCAUCCACCUGGACAGCUACAGCGUGCCUGUGACGGACGGCGCUGUGGAGCUCAUCUCGCAGCAGUACCACAAGACGCUCAGCAAUUUCGUGCUGAUGCGCGACGACGCCGGCUUCCCCGACCUCAGCGUCAACCGCAACGAGGACCCGCUGGUGCUCUUGGCCUGGCGCUGCGUCCAUCUGGCUGUUCUUAUCAUCCAUGGCUACACGGUGUGGUCCCACAACCUAGUUGCCAUCUCACGCUUGCGUGGCUCCAACCUAAAGGUGCUUGCUGUUUCCGAGGAGAGCAUCGACUUCGACCCAGACCAGUCGGUGUUCAUCGAGGGCGACCCCGUCCACAACCUGGUGAAGGAGGUCUCCCUGGGCCUGGGACGCGUGUGGCACCCUUCCCUGGACACCAGCGUGGUCCUCAGCGAGCCCACCCAGCACUUCCACCGCGAGAUGCAGAGCUUCAGCGAGGGCAUCUGAACGUCCCCACCCGUCGCCAACGCAUGUGCGCUCGUUCACCUGCAAGUCUUGCCUCUUCCUAAUUUUCUCUCUCCCACUCUCCUCUUCCUCUCCCUUCUUCUUCUUCUCAAGUUCUCCUUCUCCCACACAAUGCCCAAUUACACCCUAUCCUAACUCCCUCCCCUUGUACUUGAAGGUAGACCUUUCGCCCAUAUUCAGUCCUGUUUUCGUUGAUGUAUUUUUUUUCUUUGCUUUUGUUUUACUUGCGGGUUUCUUCUCAUUUUACGAUUAUGAUUUUUUUUCUCUCUCUCUCCUAUAGUGUGACAAAUAAUCCUUUAUAUGUGCUGUGUUUAUUCAGUAUUAGCACUAUAUUAAUAUCUCUCUGUAUAUCCUGCUCAUUAAUAUGAGAGUAUAGUUGGGUAUCGAUUUAGUAGCUAAUUGAGUGAAAGGUGAUGAGGGGCUCAAUGUUGUGUGUGUGUGUGUGUGUGUGUGUGUGUGUGUGUGUGCUUUUGUUUUCUUUUUUUUUUGGAUACAGUUAGAUUAGGAGUUGAUCGUACCGUGAGCUGUUUUUGCUUUGUAUUCUUUUUUUCUCUUUUUUUUUUUUUUUUUUCUUGCUUUAAACACCUGUCUGACUUUGUUUUCAUUUUGUUUUUGUCGGAGUUUGUUGUUACCGUACAGACAGAGAACAGAACCAUCACUUUUUAAUUUAUCUUGGCUCAUUUUGCGAGGACAAGAUCCUGUGAUCUUAUUUACACCCCCUCUUUGAUUUAUUUCGAAGGGAGAUUAGUCUUCCGGGCCAAGGGUCAGAACCGAUGAACAGUUGCAAAGCUCCUUGCAGCCUUCCUCUCUGUUCAUCUGUCUUUUUUUGUAAGUGUUUCUUCUUCCUCUUUUUCUUUCAUAAGUGAUGAUGAUGAUGCUGACAUGUUAUUGUUGUAGUAGUAAUAGUUGUUGUCAUUGUUGGCUACAUUCGGGACUUAAGAUCCUGCUGGUUUUUCCUCAACCUGGAAAUACAGUAGAUAAACAGGUCUGCUGGUGGAAGGAAAAAAAAAACACAUACACACACAAACACACGUACAUGAUAGUGGAGGGUUUCAAACUCCUGCACACUGCAAGCCCUUCCCAGCACUUUACCUAUGGGGGCUAAGUGUUAGCAGAGAACUAGCUGCAGGUUUCUUGCUCUCAAACAACAAAAGAAAGGAAUAAAUCCUCUGUCCGUCUCAGGUAGGCACAAACAGGACGAUGACAAAGAUCUAGAUGAUGAAGAUGAAUGAAACAAUCAGCUACUCUUGUCAGUUUUAUCUGUUCUUUUUAAGUCACAGUUGCCUUGGAAACUCCCCUGUUGUUUUCAUUAUCAAACUUUCUUGGAUUCAAUCAAUUCAAAACGUCACUUUUUGCCCAUUUCUCUCUCCAUAGACCAGUCGUAGGGUAGACAUGAGUGUGUUGCACUGCAGUGUAGACGCAUGUUAAUAGAGUAAUCCUGUCUUGGUCGUUGCUGAGGGCAAAAUCGUGCAUGUGCUGGGUUGAAUCCAGGUCUAUGUUACAUCUUGUGUUGUGCUUGUGUGUAUGCGAGUGAUGGUUAGAGGCGUUAAGUGUGUUCGCUUGUUCCAUAUCUCAGGAUUCCUGCACUGCGGUAUUUUUUGUUUUCCUGUAAUGGCUUUUGUUAAAGCUGGUUGUGUUGAGGGAGCGUGGUUGGUUUAGACAUCCGACACACAAAAUGUGUCGAGGAAUUUUGAGGUGGUAGCAUGGCAAUGUAGAGGGGGAAAAAUACGGAAGCUCUUCCAAAAGAGUGCUCUUCAGGGGGAUGUUUGUUUUUCUUUUAAGAGAAAAAAACAUCUAUUUCCCUCAUAGUUUCUUGGUUUACUACUUCUUGUUUUUUUUUUUUACAAAGUUGUCAUCUUCAGUGUUGUCAUGUGCUGCACGCUUUUACCUGAGUUGUGCUAUCUCUCUUGCACAUAUUUGCUCUUUUUUAAAAAAAUCAAGAAGUUCAUUGUGGUGGGACAUGGUGGCGGUCGCUUGCCUAGUGUUAGAACGUGAAUGUGAAGCUCAGGCCUUUAUUUUAAAAAGAAGUGAGAAAAAAAAACCU